UUAUAUCUUUUGUUACCAUUAUUAUUGUAGCCCCUUAUAUCUUUUUCAGCGUAUUAAGAUCAUUUUAAAAGCUUUUAGUAAUGAAAUAAUACAUUUUACGCGUAAAGCAUGAGCUUCUGUGGGAAGUCAAUCACAACAUUUUUAAGAUGCAAAGGUUUCUAGGAAGUUACUCAAAAAAAUGUAUUUUGCUUUGUCUUGAACAACUCGUGUCGAGGGUGUGGCUUCAAGACAAUGACGUUCAUCAGUCAACUUCAUUCAACGGAGGAACUCAUGGCUCGCGACGCAUAUUCCCACUCCCUCACCAAGAGCAAGACAGAGACGGGCAAUUGCAGAUCUGUUUUCUGGAGAACACAAUGCUCAAACUAAGUCCAUGCUUUUACUACCUUCCAACAAUUUGAAUCUUGGUUACGAGAAAGGACUUCUUCUCAAGAAACGCGCUUCUCACUUUUACGCAUUCGGACUCAAGCUACACAUUUCAUCAGUAUGUGCGUUUCCUGGGAUUGGAACCCACAAUCUUUGCGCUGGUAACACAAUGCUCUACAAUAACUCUUUUCGAUUGGGGUCCUCUUAAAUAUGCCGACCUAAACUCGUUCAAAAAAACUUUUCACUUGGAGUGCUUCAAGUGACCCAGGAGUUAAAGUGCAUCCAUCCGCACCGCAGAAAUGGGAAGUGAAAACGACACUUGUUACGACAUAAACACUGUGGAGCAGAACGAGAGUCCGGCUAUCAGUGCCAUAAUGUUCGCCCUCGGUGUGCUCGGGAAUCUGAUCGCCCUGCUUCUCCUGGAAUUCCGCAGGAGGAAACAGAGGAACCGAGAGCGCCAGUCUCUCUUCCAUGUCUUGGUGACCACGUUGGUCGUUACGGACCUAAUUGGGACUUGUCUGAUCAGUCCCGUGGUGCAUGUCGCAUAUUCUACUAAUACCACACUUGUCGGUAUGAGCGAAUCGGGUUCCGUGUGUAAAUAUUUUGGAUUCGCCAUGACAUUUUUCAGUCUCUCGACACAUUCCAUCCUACUCGCUAUGGCGCUGGAGAGGUGCAUCUCCAUCGGGUACCCGUACUACUACGGCAGGAAUGUCACCAAGCGUUGUGGAUACAUCACCAUCCCUUCUAUAUAUCUAGCCUGCUUUAUCUUCUGUAUAAUGCCUUUUGCAGGCUUUGGGAAAUAUGUGCAAUAUUGUCCCGGCACGUGGUGUUUUAUUGCAAUGAAUCCUCAAGUUCCGAAGCACAGGGCGUAUGCCAACGUUUACGCCACUGUCCUGCUUCUUAUUGUUACGAUAAUAGUGGCAUGCAACUGUUUUGUAGUUUAUCACCUGGUGUUAAUGUACCGAAAGCGCAAACAGAACCGAGGAUCCGUGCACACCCGGAGUAAACGGGACAGAAGAUACUUCUCAUGGGCAGAGGAGGUGGAACAUCUCAUUCUCCUGGUCAUUAUGACAGCCAUAUUUGUCAUAUGUUCCCUGCCAUUAAUGAUCCGUGUAUACAUCAAUUCCACUGGCAAGCGCAAAUACAGUGACAAGACUGAUCUUAUAGCACUGCGUUUCAUCUCAGUUAACUCCAUCAUUGAUCCCUGGGUGUUUAUCAUUUUCAGCCCCUCGGUUUUGCGUUUCAUUUGGGGGGCGCUGUGUAAGACCUCCUUCAUGCCUUCCAGAAACUCUUUGUUCAAAACGUCCCUUACCAAAAACCCGCCAGGCCAAAUCGAGCUGCUCCAACCUACCUCCACCUCUGUGGAGAUCAGUCAUCUCAACAAGCCCGUUUAGAUGGGUUGACAUGACAAGGACACGAUGGGAUCCAGUGAUGAUGGAGAUCACAGUAUCCUUGUGCAUCUAGGAUUGGACCUGUCUAACCAAACGUCUUAACUGAACAAAUGGGCUAUUUCAAGAAUGGAUCUGUUUUGUUGGCUGAUCUUCAUUAAGGGGUUUAGUAACCCCUUGAGGUUGCUUGUGACUGGGACAGUCAGACAAACCCAACCGUGAGGUCAAAAGGAAGAAUGCUCUGUGUUCCUCCAGUGGUUGCAAUUGUUUAGAGACCAAGGACCCUGUGAACUGUAAUUGCACGAUGAACGUGUUUAUGGGCAGAUUGCUCGUGGAGCAAUGUAGUUCAUAAGUUUUCCCCAGUUUCAAAGGGAUGGUCUGUUUAGGACUGUAUAUAAACAGAUACUCAGUAAAAAAUGAGCUGAAGCUAUUAUUUCACAAUCAUUGCUCAUUUAAGAUUCACUGGGGUUGUGCUUUUUGGGGUCGAAGGUUAAACAUCUCCCAUGCAAUUUGCCACUUUGGAUAUGUUUAUUAUUCAGUGGAUCGUGUAAUGCUGUUUCCUGCAUUUCAAGUCGAGCAGUUCGUUAAUUGUCAGUGUUCCAGAGAAACACUUGUACAGGUCUAUUUGUAUUUAUAAUAUCAGCAUACAGUAUUUAUUGUGCUUUAAUUUAUGUUGAUACAACAGUAUGACAAUGACACAUAUCUGUUUUGGUAUGCAGGCAGAAUUGAAUGAUCAUUGAAUCAUUUCUUUCAUGUGAAAGAGUAUAAUUUUUUUUAUGAACUUGACAUAUGCUGGUGCCGUACUGUACAGUGGGUGUAAAUGUGUAAUUGUAAAGGCUGUUUGUGUUUGUGUACUUGUUUUCCUAUGUCUAUGAAGAUUUUGAAUGCACUGACUUGUGAAAUAAUGUGAUGUGUUAUGCCUGCAUGGAAUCUAUUCCUGUUGUUGACAGUUUACCCAAAAUCAAAGUUUGUCAUUAUUAGUUACUCACCCUCAUCUGGUUUGAUCAACAAAUGUCUUUUUUUAACCCAAUGCAGAUUUUAUUUUAUAGUGUUGCAUCUCUUCCAGUGCACAUUUUCUGUGUCUGAACUGUUAUUUUAGGAUGUUAACUUUAUAAAUAACAUGUAAAAACUGAAACAACAUUGAUAUCCAUAAGAAGAAAGAAUGAGGCGUAAGGGGACAUAUCAUGAAAAUCUGACUUUUUUCAUGUUUAAGUGCUAUAAUUGGGUCCCCAGUGCUUGUAUCAACCUAGAAAAUGUGAAAAAGAUCAACUAAGUAACUUAAUUUUGGUAAACCAUUCUCUGCAAGCAUGUGAAAUUUGGCUCCCCUUGUGAUGUCAGAAGGGGAUAAUACCGCCUCUUAAUCUGCACUAUACAACCACAGCACUGCCAUUUAGUGCUGAGAUCAGCUCAUUUGCAUUUAAAAGGACACCUACAAAUUUUUGCUCACCUACAAAGUGGCAAUUUUAACAUGUUAUAAUAAAUUAUCUUUGUGGUAUUUUGAGCUAGAAUUUCACAUUCGUACUCUGGGGAUUUAUUUGACAUCUUAAAAAAGUCUUGUGAAAUGUCCCCUUUAAAAUAGAAGUCGAGUGGAGUUUUUGGGUCUAUUUGAAGCUUGAAAGGUUUACUGGUUACUGUCUGAGUGGAUGGUGAUCGAGGUGAUGACCAUUCACUCCCUUAGUAACCAAAAACCCCCUAACAUUUGGGUUCUGUAGAAUAUUUAAAAAACAUGAAGGUGAAAAAGUUGUAAUUUUUAGGUGAACUAUCCCCUUAAAGAGCAUUCUUGCAUUGCAUUGCUUAUUACUUAGACUGUGGAUUCUCUUUAUGCAAACAGUUAGUUUCGUUUUAUUGGUGAGUUGAACUGAAACGAAGCGAAAAAAGCUUAAUAAGGAACUUGAAAAACAUGAUGAUCUGGUUGAAUUGGAAAAAAAAGAAGAAAUAAAUCAAAUCAAUCUUGACAAUGUGAUCUUUUUUGGGAAAUUCAAAAGUAAGCAGUUGUGGUUAUUUUGAAGGUGUGCAAACCAAAUUGAAUCUGCUAUAGUGGAACUCGACCUGUAAACUCACCUAAAGGAUUAUUAGGAACAUCAUACUAAUACUGUGUUUGACCCCCUUUCGCCUUCAGAACUGCCUUAAUUCUACGUGAUUCAACAAGGUGCUGAAAUCCUUCUUUAGAAAUGUUGGCCCAUAUUAAUAGGAUAGCAUCUUGCAGUUGAUGGAGAUUUGUGGGAUGCACAUCCAGGAAACGAAGCUCCCGUUCCACCACAUCCCAAAGAUGCUCUAUUGGGUUGAGAUCAGUGGCUGUGGGGGCCAUUUUAGUACAGUGAACUCAUUGUCAUGUUUAAGAAACCAAUUUGAAAUGAUUUGAGCUUUGUGACAUGCUGCAUUAUCCUGCUGGAAGUAGCCAUCAGAGGAUGGAUCAUGGUGGUCAUAAAGGGAUGGACAUGGUCAGAAACAAUGCUCAAGUAGGCCGUGGCAUUUAAACGAUGCCCAACUGGCACUAAGGGGCCUAAAGUGUGCCAACACCAUUACACCAUCACCGCCUGCACAGUGGUAACAAGUCAUGAUAGAUCCAUGUUGUCAUUCUGUUUACGCCAAAUUCGGACUCUACCAUCUGAAUGUCUCAACAGAAAUCGAGACUCAUCAGACCAGGCAAUAUUUUUCCAAUCUUCAACUGUCCAAUUUUGGUGAGCUUGUGCAAAUUGUAGCCUUUCUUUCCUAUUUGUAGUGGAGAUGAGUGGUACCCGGUGGGGUCUUCUGCUGUUGUAGCCCAUCCGCCUCAAGGUUGUGCGUGUUGUGGCUUCACAAAUGCUUUGCUGCAUACCUCGGUUGUAACGAGUGGUUAUUUCAGUUAAAGUUGCUCUUCUAUCAGCUUGAAUCAGUCGGCCCAUUCUCCUGUGACCUCUAGCAUCAACAAGGCAUUUUCGCCCACAGGACUGCCACAUACUGGUUGUAUUUCUCUUUUCACACCAUUCUUUGUAAACCCUCCAAAUGGUUGUGCGUGAAAAUCCCAGUAACUGAACAGAUUGUGAAAUACUCAGACCGGCCCGUCUGGAACCAACAACCAUGCCAUGCUCAAAAUGAAUGCUUAAAUCACCUUUCUUUCCCAUUCUGACAUUCAGUUUGGAGUUCAGGAGAUUGUCUUGACCAGGACCACACCCGUAAAUGCAUUGAAGCAACUGCCAUGUGAUUGGUUGAUUAGAUAAUUGCAUUAAUAAAAAUCGAACAGGUCUUCCUAAUAAUACUUUAGGUGAGUGUAUGUCUCACUGUAGUUUAAAAACAACAUUUGGUCAAGUCGCUUAGCAUAAGUUUGGUUAAUAUCUUAUGUUAUCUACUAUCUUGCGAGGCACCAUCCCACAGCAUUUUUGGAUGCCGUGUAACUUCUGCUUUAGGGACUCAUGUCCUCGUCUGUAAGUUAUGUGAUUUAUAAUGCAUGUGGCUCAUGGCCAGUUGGAUUCACACACUGAUCUGAUCUAAAAUAAACAAAACAACCCAGCCUUAUGUCACGCACAAUGAUAAUUAUUGAAUAUCUGAUGAAAGUUAUUAUGGAGAAGAUAAACUCCCUUAUCUUGAGCGGAGAAGAUCAAAAGUGUGGUUGUGGGAACAUAAGAUUUUUAGGAGGCAAAUGCAGUAUAGCGAAUGUUUUGACAACAUCGAGGGUCUGACGGUCAUGACACCGGCUCUCCUCUGGGACUGUGGGAAGCAAACACAGAUUUUGAUCUGGCUUAAAUUCAAUUGGAGGAAACUCAAACAAACCUCGGUUGUCAUGGUAACGUGAUUGGCGCUAAAACCGCAGCUACCAGUGAUGCUCUGACACAUGUUGCGAAAACUGUAAUCUCCUGCGGUUUGUUCAGUGAUGUGACAAGAAAUUUAAGGAGUGAAGAAUAUGUUUAAUGUAUCAGAUCAUGUAAUUAAUUCUAAACAGAUGUUUGUUUGCAGUGAAGAAAAAGGGUCAGAAAAUAUUUGAUUUGAGUUCAGUAUUUGGCCUUUGUGCAUAUCUGAACUUUGUUGAGUUCUCGACUGGACCCAGAGAUAUGGAUUACUGUGUCUGUUUCUGAAACGAAAUUCAGACAAUCUCCUUCUGGGCUCGAUCUAAUCCUACCGCUGUCCAAAAAACAACAACAACUGAAAUAUUACAGGAAGCUUCAUGAUUUUUCUUCUCUACGGAUAGAUAGUGUUCUUGCCUUUAAAGGCCUUUUAUAUUCAGCAUCAGUAGUACAAAAGCAAUGAGGUGUCAUUGUGAUUUGUUGCAGUGUUUCUCGUGAUGUAUGAUUAUUCGUCCUUUGCCUAUGUAGUGACUUUAAAAUGAUGUUUUAGUAUGUGUGUUGAAGGUCUAUUGAUCCAUCAAUUGAGAAUGGCUUAUUUACAUUCUUCACUUCUCAUUAAAAUCGCUUCACAAGCUGUUUAAGAAAUAUAGGGUAGUUAAAUUCCUGUUAUCUAGUCAACCAUAUGCAGGAACUGUCUGGUCAUGCUCUGUGAAAAUGAUCUGUUAUGUAUUUCCAUAUGGCACUCAAAAUAAACUGGUAUGACCUAAAUUA